UCUCAGCGUCUCUGGAGUGGCAUGUGCAGUAGUAUGUAGCUUACAUUGACAGGAUGGAUUUCAAAUCAGAACUGCUCAAGUCCAUUUGGUAUGCCUUCACAGCUUUGGAUAAGGAGAAAAAUGGAAAGGUGUCCAAAUCACAGUUAAAGGUGUUAUCCCACAAUCUGUACACAGCCCUUAAUAUCCCCCACGAUCCUGUGGCGCUGGAGGAACACUUCCAGGAUAAUGACGAUGGGCCAGUCUCCAACCAGGGAUACAUGCCCUAUCUCAACAAAUACAUCCUGGCCAAGGCAAAUGAUGGGACCUUUGAUAAAGAGACAUUCGACGACCUGUGCUGGAUGAUGACAGCUAAGAAGAACUACAAGCCAAGCAUGGAAGCUGGACUGUGCUCCCGGAAAGAUGCUUUUAAACUAUGGUGUCUUUUUAACAUGUUAUCAGAAGACAGGUAUCCCCUUGUCAUGAUACCUGAAGAGGUUGAGUACUUGCUGAAGAAGAUCGCUUCAGCCAUGAGCUUGGAGUGGGAGCGGAAUGGGCUGGAUGACUCUUACUGCCAGGAUCCAACGCUACUGGACGGAAUGACGGUCUGGACAUUCCUGGAACUAAUGGGCUCUGGGAGACUCCUAAAAAGUGAAGGAACAGAGGCAGUGAGCCUGGCUGUGGAUGAAGUCUUCCAGGAAAUGUACCAUGAUGUGCUGAAGAAGGGCUACAUGUGGAAGAAGGGGCUGGUUCGCAGGAACUGGAAUGAGCGUUGGUUCGUGCUGAAGCCCUCAGUCAUCCAGUACUACGUUAGUGAGGACCUGAAGGAGAAGAAGGGAGAGAUCCUGCUGGACAAGAGAUGCAUUACGGAGGCUAUUCAGGAUAAGGAUGGCCGACGCUGCCUUUUCUGCGUGAAAACAACCAGCAGGACAUUCGAGAUUAGUGCGUCCGACCUGAAGCACCGUCUGGAGUGGAUGCAAGCGAUCCAAACAGCAAUUCGUCUCCUAGCCGAGGGGAAGAGGUCUCUACACAAGGAGCUGAAGUUGCGCCGGCGGGAGAACAGAGAGCAGAGCUCGAAGCAGAAAGAGGAGCAGCAGACUCUCCGGAACCUGCAGGACGAGAAGGAGAGGCAGAUCCGGGAGAGGGUGAGAGCAAGAGGACAGGUUCCUGUGAGGAAAAAAGACAAAAAUAUGUCUUGGAAUGAGCAGCUGUUGGCUGAGGGUCUCCAUAAAGAGGAGGAGGAGAGGGAGUGGGAGCAGCAGCAACUCAUGCAGCAAGCCCUGGAGAGCCAGCUCAGAGAGGCAGAGAAGGCUCGAGUUAACAUGGCAACAGAGAUUGCUCAGAAGGAGGCCGAAUCACAGAAGCAGCGAAUGCGAAUCCGGGAGCUGGAAAAGACCCAGCAGGCCUUGGAGAAAGCGUUGGAGGCAGAGAUCCAGGCAAGAGCGGAGGAGGAGAGGGCCAGAGACACACAGGCCAGUUUGCUGGAAAAGGAGGAAAACAAGCUGAAGCAACUGAACCGUCUGAAGGAGGAGCAGGAGGCUUUGUUACAGCAGACCCAGCAGGAGAAGCAUGAGCUACUGCAGGACAUGACAGAGAAGGCCCAGGCCGUAAAGGUGGCCAGCCAAGAGCUGGAGAAGCUGCAGGAGUCCAGGCAAAAGAGCAACCAGUUUCUGGAGGAAGCAAAAAAAAAGCUGUGCAGAGCCAGCUGCCAUGUGAAACAUUGGAACGUGCAGCUAAACCGUUUGAUGAAGCCCAUCUCUCCAGGAGGUCAUGCGGGACAAGAUAAGCCUGCGUUUAACACAGAGGUGCCAGUCCACCCAAGAGGGGUUUUCGCUAGCAACGAGUUCAUUGUUAAGAAGCAGCUCUGUAACACUGAUCACAAGCUGUCUGGAGCGCACAGUCCAAACAGCCAAUCCAUGUGGCCGUCUCGGCUGUAUUCUGAGGAGGAGGAGGAGGAGGAGGAGGAGGAGGAGGAAGAGGAGGUUCAGGAGCAGCUGAGAAAGGUCUCUCUCACGGAAACCAGCAGCACAAGAACCAACAGGUCCAAUCAUUAGACGGACUUGUGUACUAGAGCACAUAGCAAGAGACUCUGCAGAAGCAGAUCUGUAGAGAGAUUUCUUCAAGUCCAGUGCCACACUAAGUGUGUUAGACCUCCAGGGGUCACUCUAAAAAUAUAUGUUAAAGUGGAAUAAUGUCAGCAAUAAUAUCAUUUGUUUACAUCUAACCCUUCUACAUUGGAUUAAAACAUCCCAAUAAUAUAAGGCCAGCUAUAUUAUAUUAUAUAUCAUUUCCCAGAUUCAUUGAACAUUAUCUUUGACCUAGUGAUGGUUAAUCAUUCAAUAAACACUGCUGCAAAGUGUUUGGUAUAAAUGCAUAAUGUAUUUUGUAUUUCUAAAUACUGGCUUCACUCUUGUCAAAGCCUCCCACCACUGUGAACCCCGUGCUGUUUCAGGUGUAUCUGCUUAUGUUAUUCCCUCAUUCUUGUUGAAGUCCCCCCUCCUCUCGCAAAAUGCUAAGAACAAGCAGAAUCUCAGCUUCUGUUGGUUUAAAAAAAUAAGACAGACAUUUUUUAUUGAUUUAUUUUUAGAAUAGAAAGUUACUUUAACUGUCCAUUGGUAAACCAUUUAUAUG